AUGGUCUCCACGCGCAUCGCAGCCUUCACCCUCCUCUCCCGCCGCGGGAGCCUCGUCGCAGCACAACAAGGCGUCAUCAGCAACGGAAACAGCCAACUGCCAGCAUGCGCGCAAUCGUGUCCUCUGCUCGUCCAAGCAGCCCAGGCCUGUACUGCCACCAACACCGCCACGCAGUCCAACUGGGCCUGUUUCUGCCAAUCUGCCUACUUGACCACUCUUACAUCAUCCGCCGUGGGCAUAUGCGACGCCGUCUGCACCAAUCCCACCGAAAAUGCUCAAGUCUCGACGUGGUACAACAGCAACUGCGGCUCGGAUUUCGGCGCGUCGGAACAUGCUGGUGAUGGGAAUGCUGGCGGUGCUGCAACAACGGAUGCUGCAGGAGCCCCUGCGGCCACGGCCUCGGCUUCAUCGCCCGCCGCUGCGACACGAUCAGCGGGCAGCAGUGCCGGCAAUACCUCUGGCGGUGCGACCAAGCAUGUCGGAACGUGGUGGGAGGAGCAUUACAAAUGGAUCAUCAUGCUGAUCGUCCUCGCCAUCCUCCUUCCCGCCAUUGGAGUCGGCGCGAUAUUCCUGAAGCGACGCCACGACCGCAAGAUGGACCAGAUCCGGGGCGGCUUCAAUGCCGGAAUCACAGAGCGGACAGGUCCCAUGAAAGACCCUGGCGUCAAUCAAUCCGGCAGCGUUGCGGCAGGAGGAAUCUCAGCCAGCGGCAGAAACACACCCACCAGGACGCGAGACGCAUUCAUGCCAUAUGGUUAUGGAUACAGUCGCAGCGAAAGCAGGCUGGCUUCGCAAUCGAACAUUCACCCAGCAGAAAGAGGCAUGACGCCGCAUAAUGACACGGAGAAGGGUGGUCCCUCGAAUGCGGCGACGCUGAGCCAGAAGAAGUCGAAGAACAAAGUGCUUGUUCGCGAGAGGAAUGUCGAGCAUGAAGUAUCGAAUGAGAAGGAUAACAGGUUCUAG